CAAAACGUAUAGCACAACAGUGCGUACUUUACUGCGGGCUCUUAUUAAUAAACGCAAAUUGAACGAAUUAAAAUACGUUUCAUAACUGAGUCCAAAAUAGGAGCUGCAAAACGUUUUUUCACGUUUUGACCGAUAUAACGCGCCAACGCGUACGAACUGAAGUUCAACUCGUAUCGAUUCUCUGAGAAGUAUUCCCCAAGUGAGGGAGAUUUCGGCGGGACCUCCGGGGUAGUGGUUGCAAUUGUUACGAUCAAUCGAUUAGAAUACAGCUGAGCCGAUUUUCUCUCGUGCUCGCAGUCAGCCAAUGCAACUAAUGUGCACGGUGCCGCACACGUGCGCGUGGCUCUCGGCAGAUCAAUAUUUCACCCCCACCUGCGUGCAUCGGACGAGCGCGGCCGGCGCGAGGUGUCCACCCAAUUUCGCGAGAAUCCAUCCCGAUCGGGAACGUCGGCCCAAGAGAAGAGGACUUGGAGGUGCGGAAGCGUCGAAUGUCAAGGCUUCGGGUUCUCGAGGACGUCGUCGGGGUCUGGAAGUGUGGACGCCUCGAGUACGUCCAGUACUGCGAAGCGUUCGGGCAGCGAUGAUGAGGGAACCACAGAGAACGGCUCGCUUCCAUGCGAGAGAACCACAGAGAGGAAAUAGUACCGAAACCAGACUUCGAUACUGCAAGCUUAGGAAAAACACAGAACUUAGGUGCAGUUUUACCCAAUAACUCGGUAGAUAGAAAGUCGACGUUUGCCGUGUUAAUCGAAAUCAUGACACGAGACGAAUUAGAUCUAGAUCUCUGUGGUAAGACAGCCAAAAGGAACCCGAGCCAAUCGAGGAUAAACAAUGAAUAUCCCUUACGACGAAAGUUUAGUUUGGAUAGUGGUGGUUGGAUUCGUCGUGGCAUUUGUUCUGGCAUUCGGAAUUGGGGCAAACGAUGUUGCUAACAGUUUUGGGACUAGUGUCGGUGCCGGGGUGCUCACGAUAUUUCAAGCUUGUAUCUUGGCUACGAUCUUCGAAAUUGCUGGUGCCGUGCUCAUAGGUUAUAAGGUGUCGGAUACGAUGCGUAAGGGAAUAUUGGACGUCUCCCUUUACGAAGGCCACGAAAAGGAAUUGAUGAUAGGAGCACUGUCCAGUCUGGCUGGCUCCGGUAUCUGGUUAAUACUCGCCACCGCUUUAGGACUUCCCAUUUCUGGUACGCAUUCCAUUGUCGGGGCCACCGUUGGUUUCUCGCUCGUGUGCAGAGGAACCGCAGGAGUGAGGUGGGUCGCUCUGGGAAAUAUAGCGGCGUCGUGGUUUGCGAGUCCAAUACUCAGUGGAAUCGUGUCGGCAGCGAUUUUCUGGGUGCUGCGGAAAUCCAUCCUACGGUCUAGCCGACCCUUGGACCAGGGCCUGCACGUUCUUCCAAUCGCGUACGGCCUGACCGUUGCCGUUAAUAUACUGUCCAUAGCGCACGACGGUCCUAAACUUCUACUGCUGGACAAGAUACCUUGGUGGGGCAGCCUGACGGCCGCGCUAACGUUGGGGAUUCUGUCGGCACUAAUCGUAUACGCGUUCGUGGUGCCAUGGCAGAGGAAGAGAAUACUGCUGUCGAUGAACAGCGAGGGCAGAGCCCUGGAUUUCGAGGCCCACCGUCGAAAGGAAUCCACCGCCCUGUCCGUCAUCUCGAAGGCCCCCGUGGGGAACGAAAACGGCACUACGAGGCAGGAGGCGCCGAAGCUCCGAGAAAACAGUAGCGCCAGUCCUCUGUUGUUGGCUGCCGGGGCCGAUGGCGAAGGCGGACCUACCGAGCUCGCCGUGCCCGACGAGGAAUCCCCGGAGGUCUCGAAGCUUUUCUCCUUUUUGCAAGUGUUAACCGCGGCUUUCGGCAGCUUCGCCCACGGAGGCAACGACGUCAGCAACGCCAUCGGUCCCCUGAUCGCCCUGUGGGCCGUCUACGCCGAAGGCUCGGCCAGACAGGAGGCCGACACUCCCCUGCUGAUCCUCCUCUACGGGGGACUCGGCAUAUCGACCGGACUCUGGGUCUGGGGACGGAAAGUCAUUAGGACCCUUGGGCAAGACUUGGCUCGGAUCACCCCGACCACGGGAUUCACGAUAGAGGUGGGUGCCGCGGUGACGGUACUGUUGGCAAGCAAGGCUGGUUUACCUGUGUCAACGACUCACUGCAAGGUGGGAUCCGUGGUGUGCGUCGGCUGGGCGUCUCGAGGAGGCGAAGGCGUAUCCUGGAGACUGUUUCGCAACAUCGCGUUCGCCUGGCUGAUCACCGUGCCGGUCGCAGGUUUCCUAUCGGCGGCUUGCAUGGCCCUUUUCAGGGAGUUUAUAACUCUGUGAUUCUCCAACCGAGAGGCUAAAUAGUAAAUACCAUCCGACGUUACAGUUGUCAAUAACUUAUUAAGAAAUAAAUUAUCAAAAGCUGAACCACCGCCGGUCGGGUCUCUCGCUCCUAAGGGUGGCGAACCGUCGCCCUCUUUUACCUCAUCUUCGUAGCUCGGCUGCAACGAAUCCCAGGUAAUUCCCAUCUCGUCCGCUCGGCCGCGGGGAUGCACAGAGCGAAUGGAAAUCGAUUUCUCUCUCGAGGCUACUGGAACGAAUUUAUUUUAGCGACGCGGUAACAUAUACCUUCGCGGCUUUAUAGGCCGAACGUAGGGAAGAGCGCAGCCUUGACGACGACUUGUUGACGGAAUCGAUACCUCACCGAUAACCCGAAUACGCGGGGACCACCGCGAGGUUCUCGAGGUUCUCGACGGACUGGCGUGUCCGAUUGGCGUUAUUACAGGUAUCGUUUGACGGCGCA